AUGCCUGCAGUCCGCCUUAGUUCUCGGAGGGCAAGUGCAAUCGGAAGGAGACGCAGUUCUCUUGCUAAUUCUUUCGCAAAACCCGGCAGCUAUGGAUAUAACUCCUCAUCUCCGCCAGCCACGACCGUCACGUUCGCCCCAAAUGUAACCCCAACGACCUACUCUGCCCCAUCUCCGACCCCAUCGCCGUUUGGCUCUCCCUCUCUGUCCGGAGAUAUGCCGCUCCCCAUCUUCCCACCAAGCGAGACCCCUGCUCCCCCACCCACUCGCAAACGCCAGCCACCUGGCAAGAGACGGAGCCAGGGCUAUAUACCCCGACCACCUAACGCCUUCAUGCUCUUCCGCGCUGACUUUGUGCGGCAAAAACACGUCCCUGGGACAAUCGAAACCAAUCACGGCAGUCUAAGCAAGAUUAUCGGCAAUUGCUGGCGCGCUCUUCCCCUCCACGAAAAGCACAUGUGGGAGGUGAAGGCUAAGCACGCAAAGGCUGAACACAAGCUCAAGUACCCCGACUACAAAUUCAGACCCGUUCAUAACAAGCAACGUGGCGCGACCGCUGCGAGCGCAUCUCGUGACUCGCCUGCUCCCCGUGUGGUCAGUGGUCCGAUAAAAGGCCAGCUUUCGCCAGAAGAAGACGAGCGUCGAUGCGAAGAGGUUGCUGCUCUUCUUUUGCAAGGCAAAAAAGGCCAAGAACUCGCGUCCGCUGUUCGAGACCUCGAUGAGCGUCUGCAUCCCACUCUUGUGCAUUCUACCUCAUCGUCACCUGGUCCUGGUGGUUAUGAUCAUAACCCCAAAUUCCCACACCCUCUCCUUCAUCUAGACCCUGCUUAUUAUCCUGACUCUCCGCCAUCGUCGACUUUGGCCAGCUCCCAAACAUCUGGCUCCCCAUUUUCGCUUCCUCUCCCGUUACACCAAGAAGGCAGGGAGGAUCCACGUUGGCGCCAUCGUCGCAGCUCCAGUGUGCCGCUUCCCAAUGACUAUUCGGUUCCCUUCUUCGAUGGGGGUCUGACAUUGCCUCCGUUAUCGAGUCAAUACUCGUUCCCACCACCGGCAAGUGCGGCAGAAGACUCUCUGAGCGGGAUGCCGAUGUCUAUCUCCGAUAACAGCCGAAUGUCCAUGUCAUGGAUGAACGGCACUGGCAGCUUUUCGUACCUGCGACCGAGCUUCAGCUUUGGGUUUGGGGACCGUCAGUCGUUCUCCUUCGGUGGUGCUUAUGGUGGCUGGAGCAAUAACAACAACGUCUCCAUUGGACAUCGUCGAGCGAGCAGUGCUCAGGCCUUUUUCCGCGACCCGUCGCAAAUUAUCCAGCAGCAGCAACACGUCGAAGAGGAAUUGCCAGAUGCCGAUACCUCUUUAUUCCAGUCGGGUUAUAUGAACCCCUUUGCUUCCUCCAUUCCUGCUCCUGCACCAACACGGUCGCCUGUCAACGAAGGCGUCAGUCCAUUUGACUCGACUGGGAUUUUGCAUGCGCCACAACCGAUCCACCCAGUGUCCCCUCUUGGCGACAUCGAGUUCCAACCGCCAGUGUUCACGCAGCAACCAGAGCCAGCAGCGUAUGCGCCAUUCGAGUACCCCACCGACGACCAGCCGUUGAACUUCCAGUCAACCAUCCGCACUGGCACGUCCAUGGACAUUUCGUCCAAGGGGUUCGAGGAGGUCUCGUACGCGGCUGAGUUUGCUUGA